AUGCAAUCUCCUCUAAGAUCACAAACAACUAGAGACUUGCAAGCGUCUCAGGAAUUUGGUUCACUUGAUUCUCCAGUUUCAAUCUCAGAAACCUAUGAUCAUACUAUACAGAAAUGGAAAAGUUUGAGUGAUGUAUAUGUUCAAUGCAAGAUGAGCAUUAUUGAACCUGAAGAUUUCAGUGAGGUAGUCAAAGAUGAAGCUUGGAAAAAGGCUAUGACAGAAGAGAUGUUAAUGAUAGAGAAGAACUCAACUUGGGAGUUAGUAGAUAGGCCAUGCAACAAACCAAUUGUGGGAGUGAAGUGGGUCUAUAAAACAAAGCUGAAUCUUGAUGGUUCCAUUCAAAAACACAAAGCCAGACUUGUAGCCAAGGGCUACACACAGAAACCAAGGGUUGACUACAAUGAAACCUUUGCCCCUGUGGCAAGGUUAGAUACCAUUAGGAUACUCAUUGCACUAGCUGCACAGAAAGGUUGGAAACUGUGGCAAUUGGAUGUUAAAUCAGUGUUCCUGAAUGGUGUUCUUGAAAAGAAGGCACCAAUGGCCUGGUAUAGUGAAAUUGACACAUACCUAAUUCACUGUGGCUUUCACAAAAGCUCAAGUGAAGCAACUUUAUAUGUGUGGAACAAGGAAGGUGUUGGUACUUUGAUUGUGUCAAUCUAUGUUGAUGACGUAGUGUACACAGGAAGUAGUGCAAAAAUGAUGGAAGAGUUCAAGGCUGAGAUGAUGUGCAAAUAUGAGGUGUUAGAUUUGGAUUUACUCCAUCAUUUUCUUGGAAUGGGGCACAGUGUAGCACUUUCAACUGCAGAAGCAGAGUAUGUAAAUGCAGCUGAAGCAACCUCUCAAGCCAUUUGGCUUAAGUUUGUGCUCGAGGACUUUGGAGAAGAGCAAGCUGCUGUAACUACUCUAUUCUGUGACAACACUUCAGCUAUAGCCAUGUCUAAGAAUCCGGUGUUUCACCAAAGAACCAAGCACAUUGGCAAGAAGUUUCACUUAAUUAUAGAUACAAUUCAAGAAGGUGUGAUUGAUUUGGUCUACUGCAAAGGUGAAGAAUAG